CGUCAGGCGGAAGUGAAGCCAAACAACUGCUAAUGUCUCCUGGCGUGUAGAAGUUUUUACAAACGGUUGUUCUGUCUUAUCUCAGAUUAAUAUUUAAUCACUUCAAGAUGAGUUCAGUCCAGAAUCUGAGAGAGUUGAUCAACCAGCGACUAACUGCUGCUGCUGAAGAAAUAUUCACAGAGUUUGAGAAAACCAUCGUCCAGUACGAGGAGGAGAUCGAUCGUCAGCGCAGACUGCUGGAUAACAUCUGGAAACCUGAGAUAAAGUUACACACAACAGACCUUCUGCAGCAACAUGUCCAGGAGGAGAAUGUUCUUGCUGAGCAGAAUCUCUGCAACCAGCAGAGGAACUCCAGUGUGGACCAGGAUGAUCCAGAUGCUCCACAGAUGAAAGAGGAACAGGAGGAACUGUGCACCAGUGGGGAGGGAGAGCAUCUUGCACUGAUGCAAGAGGCUAACACACUGGUUCAGUGUAAAUCCAACUGUGUAGAAAUAUCCAGAGAAAUUUCUGGAGUGUCUGAUAAACCAGUCAGCCAGUUGGAUGAAGAGAUCGAUUAUCAGCCCAGGCUGCUGGAUCCCUUCUGGAAACCACUAAUAAUAUUACACAGAAUUGAUCACCCACAUCAAGAUGUCUGGAAAGAGAGGAACGGUCUUGCUCAUCAGCAGCUCUGUAACCAGGAGAAGAAGUUUCGUCUGGAUCAGGAGGACCCAGCGCCUCCACAGAUUAAAGAGGAAGAGGAGAAAUUCAGCACUUGCCUGGACCAGAAAGACCCAGAACCUUCACAGAUUACAGAGGAACCGGAGGAACUCUGUGCCAGUGAGCAGAAAGAGCAGAUUGUACUGAAUCAAGCUACUGAUACCUUUCUAUUGACUUCAGCUGAUAAGGACGGUGACCACAGUGAACUAGAACCAAACAGGGACCAGCUCCUCUCUUCCAAUUCACCAGUAGCUGAGAGCCCACAUCAGGAGGGAAGCAAGCAUGUUGACUCAGGGUCAACUAGAAAUGCAGCGCUGAAGCCAAAGAAGAGUCAUAACAGAGAGAGCAGUCACAGUAACAAUGUAGACAAGUGUUCAUUGUCAGGAAGUCACUGUGAUACAGACACAGGUAGAAAGUCUUUCAAAUGUGAUAUUUGUGGAAAGACCUUAAAGAAUGAAAACCACAUGAAGAAACAUCACCAAAUCCACAAAGGCAUAAAACCACUUCCUUGCAAAGUAAAUGCAGCGCUGAAGCCAAAGAAGAGUCAUAACAGAGAGAGUAGUAGCAAUGCAGACAAAUGUUCAGCGUCAGGAAAUCAUCAUUAUACAGACACAAGUAGAAAGUCUUUAAAAUGUGGUAUUUGUGGAAACACCUUUAAGAAUAAGAACCAAAUGAAGAAACAUCACCAAAUCCACAACAGUGCAAAACCAAGUGCUGACAAUGCAUGCAGAAAAACAUUUAAUUUACGGUCUGACCUGAAAGUCCAUAUGAUAAUUGACAAAGGUAACAAGCAGUUUUCUUGUGAAACCUGUGGGAAACGUUACAGUAGAAAUAGUCAUCUGACUGAGCACAUGAGAACUCACACAGGUGAGGAGCUGUAUUCUUGUGAAAGAUGUGGGAAAAAAUUCGACAGACGUAGUCGUGUAUAUGUCCACAUGAAAAAUCACACAGGUGAAAAGCCAUAUUUUUGUGAAAGAUGUGGAAAAAGUUUUCGUCAAAGCAGCCAUCUGACUGUGCACAUGAGAGCUCACACAGGUGAGAGGCCAUAUUCUUGUAAAACCUGUGGAAAAAGUUUCAGUAAAAACGUUCAUCUGACUGUGCACAUGAGAACUCACACAGGUGAAAAGCCAUAUUCCUGUGAGUCAUGCGGAAAAAGUUUCAGUAAAAGAAAUAAUCUGACUGUGCACAUGAGAAUUCACACAGGUGAGAGGCCGUAUUCUUGUAAAACCUGCGGAAAAAGUUUCAGUCACAACAAUAGUUUGACUAGCCACAUGAGAAUUCAUACAGGUGAGAUGGCGUAUUGUUGUGAACGAUGUGGAAAAAAAUUCAAAGGCCGUAGUAGUCUACGUGCCCACAUGAGAAAACACACAGGUGAAAAGCCAUAUUCUUGUGACAGAUGUGGGAAAAGGUUCAGUGAACGUAGUAAUCUGACUGAGCACAUGAGAACUCACACAGGUGAGAGGCCGUAUGCUUGUAAAACCUGUGGAAAAAGUUUCAGUCACAACAAUAGUUUGACUGGCCACAUGAGAACUCACACAGGUGAGAGGCCGUAUUUUUGUGAAACAUGUGGAAAAAGUUUCAGUAAAAGAAAUAAUCUGACUGUCCACAUGAGAGCUCACACAGGUGAGAGGCCAUAUUCUUGUAAAACCUGUGGAAAAAGUUUCAGUCACAAUAGUAGUCUGACUAGCCACAUGAGAACUCACACAGGUGAGAUGCUGUAGUCCUGGAACUUCGGUGGAACAAAGCUUGGUUGAACACGCAUUCAUGCACAUCGUUCAGGACAAAAGUAGGUCUUGUAGAUUUCAAGCCCCUUUUAACACUUCAGCAAUGAUUCUGAGGUAAUUGCAUGUCAAAUUGUGAGACAUGGAUCUUUAAAAUCUGUUAAACUGUCCAGUGGAUACAUAGCACAUAUUGCAUUUCGAAAGAAAGACAACUGGAGACAUAAUACUUGUGACUAAAGACCUAAUAAUUAAUGUUGUUAAUGAAUUUUGGCUUGACCUGGGUGGAAAGGGACGAUGUUGCUCUGAUUUACAGUUUUUCUCAAUUGAUAAGACACUGUUUCUGAAAAAUAGCACACAUUUCCCAACACACUGCACACUAUUGUUUUUAGUUAAACACAAUUCACGAAGCACUGCACACUUGUGUCAAAAGCACACUUUAUUGUCAAAAUCUGAACUUUGUUUUCAAAAUUAAGACACACGAAGCAGAAGUAGAACACUGCACUGCUAAAUACAAAACACUCUUCUCUCACUGUGUUUUCACAUGAGGUGUAAAGAAAUGAUACAGUCCUCAAAAAUGACAACUUAAACACAAAUGCAUCCUAUGAAUGAAUCGGAGGGGGCCAUCGCAGUGCCUGACUGUACAUUAUAAAAUAAAAAUAAUGUUAGACAAAAACUACAGCACUGUAUUGUACACAGUACAAUAUGCAGAUAUUUACACCACAUCUGCAUGAAUUCUUUCAGCCUGGUCAGACCACAGGACCUCAUCAACAUCACAAGCUAUGUUUUCUCUGGAAAGAAGGACCUAGUGUGUCUGAUCCAACCCUGACAUGCAUCAACAGAAACAUCACCACAUGCCAAGACCACUGAUUGACAGAGAUAGCACUUCAUCUACAGAUACAUCUAGAGAUCCAACAAACCCACUAUUCUUGCAGUUAAAAUGGUUGAAAUUUCACGACAUAGUAGAUUAUGGUAUUCUGCAAAUUAUGUAUCAAACUCAUAACGAAACUUUACCAGUCAAUGUCCAGAACAGAUUUGCAGAAAGAGAAAGUAAAUAUAAGUGAAAAAGAACAGAGAUCUUCGUCAAACCAAGAUUUGGGACGAAAUUAAUGGAACGUUGUAUUUGUUUAAAAAUGGUCAAUUUAUGAAACGCUCUAGAUAUAGAAUCAAAAGAAUGUAAAUCACACGCAAGAGUCUAUUCUUGAAUCUCACUCUUCAAUAAUAGAACAAUUCAGAUACAUUAAGUGCAGUAGAAAGUACAAUAUUUUCCUCUGAAAUGCAGUGGAAUGGACGGAUAAGAAAAGAACUUUAAAAAUGCACUGAAAUGUCCACAGCAGUAAAUGUACUGAGUAACUUUACACCACUAGUGAUUGCAGUUUGUGUGUUGUUUUGUGGUUUUCAGUGGUUCCUGGAUGAAAGUGGGACUCUGUCUCAUUGGUAAUUACAAUCUUUCAUUGUUUAAUACCUUUUGGUCACUUGAUAUAUUUCCUUCCUACUUAAUGAGCUGUGAUGGUAAGUAAGUCAGUGCAUUUAGCCAAAUAAUGUAUUCUAAUACAAAUUUGAAUUUAGUGGAUCAAUUUCUACAGCUUUAUAUUUUGACUUUAUUACAGUUCAGAGGUAAAUAGAAUUUUUCAUACCAUCCCUGUCCAGUAGGUGUUUAAAGAUAAUGAAUUAGAAUGUAUUUUCUGCCGAUCUUCAGAAUUGACCAGAAUGUGACCUCUAUAAACAUAUGAUGACCUUAGAGAGUCUUUAAAUUUCAGGGUUCAUAAUAAUCCCAAAGAAAUCAGGAAAACAUCAACUCACUUUGGUGACUGAAUAUAAGUAAUUGUCCUAAUGAAGUGUCAAAGCGACGCUUUCCUUCAUUCAUGUAUAAUCUAUUGUGAUUAAAUACACAUGAAAUGUACAGAAAGUCA